CAUUUAAAUGACUCUCGAUUUGUAGCGGAUUGUUUGUGUGAGCUCGCUCUCUGUCGCCGUUUUUCACACAGUUGACCUUUCGCAUAUGUUCUUAUGUUUUGUAUGUUAUAGCAUUUUUUGACCAUUUGAAAAGUUUUCAAUUUGCAGUUUUAUUCUGACAUCUUCUCCGCAGUCGUGGGGCUGUGCUCCGUGAAGAACUAGCCAAGUUUUUGAAGAAAGGCAGCCAAGCAGGCCUUCCGCAGUGCAGGUCGCACAGCGCCUGUAUUGUGAAGGUUGCGAGGAUGACCAAUGAGAAGGAAGAAGAGGGAGGUGGAGGUGGAGGAGUAGAAGGGGGAGGAGUAGGAGAAGGAGUGAAAGAGGAGGAGCCAGGCGGAACAGUGAAAGAUGAUGGCAAGCCUUCAGAAGUUCACAAGAAGAACAACAAGUUGCAAUAUUCUGGGGAAGCAUUGUGGGAUCUUCGUAACACUCCUGCAUCAAGGAAGAAGCCAGCUUGUUUACUCAAUGAAUUUUGCGCUGAGAAAGGGGUAUGGGAGCCAGAACUGUGGCAUGCAUCUUUCUCAGGACGGAGGUCAAGAGGGCCUUCUCCAUUGAAUCUGUAUGAGAACCCAAAAGAACCUCUUCGCAAGAAGUACUCUGAUGCAAAAGAGAGGAUCCUUGAUGAGAAAGAUGGCAUAGUUCUGAGUCCCCAGCGCCGAAGCUUUGGUCUCGGUUGCCAAAUAGCAUUCCAACCACCAUCGGGGCAUGCAUCAGAACGGCAUCACAACCACAGUCCCACGGAGAGCAAAGAGCACGAUCGUCCUAUACGCACCAUCACUCGCCCUGGCAGCGGUCGCAUCAUCACGAGGAACCGCCCUCCCGUGGUGGAAAGCAGCAGCAACGAGCGUGAGAUUCUGCGCGACAGGGAUCGUGAUCGGGAUCGAGACCGGGACCGGGAUCGAGACCACGAUGUGGAUAGGGAGUGGAUCAGGAACAGGCCCAGAGACAGAGAUUUGGACCGGGACAGGGAUAGAGAUCGAGACUACAGGGAUACGGAAAGAGGAGGCAACCGUCAAGGUUUCAGCAGAUAUUUCAAUAGACAAAACUAUCGUCGUCGUAAUGAGGAGACUCCCGAGUGGUUCACUGUGGGUCCUACCAGCCAAUCAGAUACCAUCGCUCUUCAUGGCUUCAAUGAACAUGAAGAAGACAGUGGUGGUGAACAAGAAGUCAAAGGCAGGCGUCCGUCGGUUGCUGAUAGGAAUGGUAGCAUGGAGACGGCCAGCUCCAGUUCACCGGAAGUCUCUCACGAGAGUGGCAACAACACCAGCGGGGCUACCUCUGGCAAGGACUUUGAUGUCAAUGACUUCUUCAAGCUGGAGAACAUGCUGCCCCAGAUACCUAACCCAGAUGAAGGAGAGGCAGUCCCAGGAAAGAGCCGCUUCAGUCAUCUCUUCAACACCCAGAGGACCCGUACGGAUAGCAGUGGUACGAGUCGCAGUAACAGCCGCCGAUCCUCUCCCCAUGAUCCUGAGCUGGAGCUCUACCAUUCGGGGCUUGAACAGUUAAUAGGUAGACGGAGUCCCAACAUGAUGAUGGGGGAGCGUCUCUUCACCCCUAUCAAGCCUGCUGAGGGGGUAUCUAUGAGCACCCAGAUGGCAUUACUGGGCAUGAUGCAGAAGAGCAAGCAGCAUAACGAGGCUUCAAACUCGGCCUCCAUGCCCCAGCCACAGCCGCAGAAGAACGGGGAUGAGGACUACAGGAAAACUGUAGUCAAGCAGAAAUUGAGGGCAGGACAGGCCAAGAGUUUAGCUGAGAUUGAAGCAGACAUGAAGAAGGCUUCAGUCCAUCAAAGCCCUUCAGGAGGGGACAGCCCCGCCCACUCUGGGAGUGGUCCUGGUACCCCAUCUCACACAGCCCAUCCUGGUGGCAUUCGAGCGGGAGGAGGAGGAGGUUCUCACAAUAUGAUGGCAGGCCAGGCCAAGAGUCUAGCCGAGAUUGAGGCAGACCUGAAGAAGACCACCCUCAACCAGAGCCCAGCAGGAGGGGACAGCCCCGCCCACUCAAGGAGUGGUCCCAGUAUCCCACCAAACAUGGCCCAUCCUGGCGGUGGUGUUGGUGGUGGUGGGGUCUUAUCCCAUCAGAUGCUGUUUGGAGCAGGUGGUGGACAGCAGGGGCGCGCUGGCUCACCUCCAAAGGGUGACCAGUCGGCAUUCAACAGCUUCAUCGCAAGUAUGAAGGCAGGAGGAGGUCUUGGUGGCCCAGAGAAAAGAGAAGAGCGAUCAUCCUCCCCCAAACCGCCUCAUCCUGGGCUCGGUCUGCGCACCGCAUCCCCGCCCCCUGGUCGCACCCUUGGCCACGCCCCUGGUGUUCCCUCGCCCAUGGAGAAGGUUACGAUGAUGAUGAAGGCAUCAGAGCAUCCCCGAGAAGCAGCCAGGCAACCCCAUCCCCAUCCCCAUCCCCAGGCUCAGCAGCAGCUGCCACCCCAUCACCCUCUCUCACAACAGCACAUGCAGGGGCAGCAGCAUCAGCAGCAGCAGCAGCAGGCAGGGAGAGGCGUGUCUCCAUUACCACCGGGUCUCAUGGCCAGACAUGUCCAACCCCAUCAUCCUGGGGGUCCACAUCCACCCAGGGAAGGACCUAUUCUCAACCUGCCGGAUAACAGGGGACCAUCUCCAGUCAACCAGGAGGUGAUGGCUACCCUCUUUAAGAACCACGCCCCAUCUACCGCGCCUACAGCUGCCAUCCCUACCAGCGGUCCUCCUCACCACCCCUUAGGGGUGCAGCAGCAGCAGCAGCAGCAGCAGCCAGCCCACCACCAGGCUCCUGGCUUGCCUCCCAGGCCGGGUCUGCCAGCCAACGUGGAGCAGAUGCAAGCUCUGAUGAGGCAGAAUCCGGAGCAGAUGGCUGCACUCGUCAGGCAGUACCAGAUGCAUCACCAACACCAACUGGCUAGGCAGCGUGCUAGCCCCGUACCGCCCAACCAGGAGGCGGUCUUCACCAUCCUCCGUCAUGCCAUGGCCAACCCACCCUUUGCAGCUGCUCUCAUGGCCCAGGCUAACAAGGAAGCCCAGCUAGUUCCAGGUAACCCUGCUUCUGCUAUCAACCGAGCUGCCUCCCCCAGGGACAUGCUCACACAGGCCCUGCUCCAGUCCAUGCCUCGUAUGCAUUCUCCUGUUCCUAUUCCUGGCAGCCAGUCUCCCUUGCCAGCAGCAGCGGCGGCGGCAGCAGCCCUCCGCUCCCAGUCCCACAGCCCCCUCCCUGGAGGAGGCAUCGCCCCUCCCACCCUGGGGCCAGCUGGACUGGCCACCUCCCCUCUCCUGGGCUCCUCCAACUCCCUGGCUCCCCCUGGACCCUCGCCGGUGAACCCCCUGGUACCCCAGAGGAUCCCCUCGCCCCAGGAGCUGGCUAAGCACACCCAGGGUAUCCUGCAGCAGGCUCUUAUUAGGAAGCAGCUGGAGGUUCAGAAGGAGAAGUUCAAGGCCAAGGAGGCUGCCAGGGCUAAAUCUCCUGCUGUUGGUCAAGCCAAUCAAGCAAAUCCUCAGCAGCAACAGCCUCAGAAGCCGCCCCAACAUGUUGUUGGUAACACCGGAGUAACGCCACAGCAGCAACAACAACAGCAGCAGCAUCCAGGGCAACAAGCUAAUCAACAACAGAACAAGUCUGGACAACAGCAACAGCAACCCCCAAGACCUUCGUCAGGCACUCCUCCUGGAACACCGGGUCACAGGACGCCUAGUAAAAUAGCAGCUGCCUUCAUGCCAACCUCCGUGAUCCGUAAGAUGCAUGAGAGCAAAGCUGAAGCCAAGGCUGCUACUCAGGGCAGACCGGGGGAUGGCGUAGGCAAGGGGGAUGCACCAUCGGUACAAGAACCUGCUACUGAUAACCAAGGAGCCAUUCUAAACCAUGGAGGAGGAGAGAAAAUGAGAGAGAUGAAUAAGCAGCUGGAUGGGGAUAAUAAAGCCCAAGUCAUUCCACCCCAACCUACUCCCCAGCAACAGCAGCAGCAGCUGAUGGGUCCGCACCACCCCCACGGUCCUGGCCAGCAGGAUGGCAGGAGAGACCCACCCAACCACAGUGCCCCAGAGCAAUCUGAAAUAGCAAAGAACCCACACAUCCAGGGUGGUGGCGGUGGUGGUCCAAUGAAGGCCUUCCACUCUGAAGCUCACCUCCAGCAGCAGCAGCAGCAGGCCUUCCUGCAAGGCAGGCAGGUGCCUCCUGGCUUGGGUGCCCAGCAGCAGAGGCCAGAGAUGGCACAGAGGAUGGCAGAGAGGGCAGCUAAGCCCCCUACUCCUCCCAACGUUCAGUCACACCAUGGUUUCCCCAUGAACCGCAUGACAGCAGCAGCUCAGCAGCAGCAGAAUCCUCAAUCACAACAGCAGCAGCAACAGCAAGCCCGUCUACCAAUGAACCCUGCUAUGAUGCUACCGCCAGCCAUGCAAGCCAACCUGAUGAGAGGCAUGAUGAUGCCUGGUAUGGUACCGCCCAACAUGAGAGGGGUACCGCCACCACAGUUCAGCCUUCAGAACAUGAAUCAAGCUAUGGGACAACACAAUCUACAGCAGAUGUUACAGCAGCAACAGCAGCAUCAGAGCAACCUUGUCAGAGGUAUGCAGCAGCAACAGCAGCAGAGUGGAUCUAACCCGCAGCAACAAGCCAACAUGAACCAUCUACAGCAGCAGGCGGAGUUGUUCCAGCAACAGCAGCAACGUCACCAAGCUACCAACCCCUCCCAACAUCACCAGCAACAUCAAGACGGCAAGGCUGCCGGGCAUACUCUAUCAUCCCAGCAACCCCAACAGCAGCAGCAACAGCCGCAACAACCAAGUCGCACCACUCUUCAGCAUCCUCUGAUGGGACACCACCACAACCACCCUUCGCUCCCCCAGAUGGGCGGGGGCAUGGAUCACCGGCGCUCCCCUGUCAAUCACCUGGCUAAGUGGUUCGGUCCCGACCUUCUCAAGCAACCCAUGGGUCAGAUACCGCCUACCAUCCCCAGUGGGCAGAAGAUCCUGAGCGUGGAGGAGCUCGAGAGGCAGCAACAGCAGCAACAAGUUGUAGGGUGAUUGCCGCAACGUUGUCAGAUGGUGGUGACCAGGGUGUUGAAUGGAUCGGCAGCAGUCAAGCUUCAAUUGGGUUGAAGACGGACGUGUAACCGCUGUGUAUAGAUUCACAUUCUCCCCUGUAUGUCGUAGCCUUGCACCUCACUCUUUUAAAACGUCAUGCUUCAUUUCCAGUUGUUUGAGUUCCAGGUAAAGGUGCAGCUGUCAAAUAAUUGGUCAUUCAAUUUUUUUUUCUUUCUAUGUUUAUUAUUAUUCACUGUCAUUGCUCAAAAUAUUACUGUUCCUUCAUAUUGUUAAAUUAAUUUGAUGCCAAUUAAGAAAAAAAACGAAGAACCAAAACAAACUCUUUACAGGCUGUAGUCGACUAGUGAAACUAGCAGCGGACUGCCACAGUUGAAUUUUGUCACACUUAAAGUGUACGUGUACCAUAAUACUCCCUCCAGACAAUGGCAAUCCAGACUUUUGAUCCAUAGUGAGUAAAAAAGUAAAGAUAUGGAAUGGCCAGGUAGUGGACAAACAGUGGUCAAGCCUUAAUUGGGUUACGGAUUGCAACAUCGCAUACAAAAACAAUGUCCAUUGCUGAAAUAAGUCUGUUACAUCCCAAUGCUGAUUCCCCCACCCCCUCCCCACCAGUAUUAUGAGAAGUUAAGAUAUAGAUUCUCUGGUUGUGAUUUACCAGUGGUUAUUUUGUGCAAACACAUGAUUACUAAAAUGAACAUGCCAUUUACUUAUGCCAUUACCCUUUGGUGGCCUGCAUAGGGUGAUCCGACAAUAGCUUUUAUGACAUUUGCUGCAGGCUUUAGUUUGUCAAAGAUGUAAGAUGAGGGGAUCAGGCUGCAAUUUGGGUUUAGGUCAGGUUUAGGUCAUGUUUAGGGUUAGCAUUAAGGAGAGGUAUUGUGUUGGGUCUAGACUAGUAGUCAAUAGUUGGGAAGUGAUUAGUAUUAAAAAUUGAUCAUGGUGCUGUUGUCACCAUAGCAUGAGUAGGCUUGUUUACAAUGGUUUAAGUUACGGUUAGGUUUGAGGGAUAUCAUAUGUAUAGUGUCGUGUCCAGGGUUCUAGUUAGAAUUGGCAAGUGGUAGAAAGGUGUAAUGGAGCAUUUGUGGCUGAAGCAUGUGUCAUCGUACAAUCUAUAUUCAUUGCUUUGGUAACUGGUCUUACAGUACCUGCAAACCGUAGUGUAUUGAGAGAGAUAGUUGGGACAUUCACACGCAUAUGCGCUUUAAGGUCAAUUCAUAGAGGUCCAAAUAAUUCCCUCCUACAUACAAUCUCUAUUGAAGGGAAAUGAAUUUGACCUAUGAAGUAGCGUGGCUUUCGGUCACGUAACUAUCUCUACUUUACUGGCUAUGCUUAAACCCUGUGCAGCCACCUAUAGACCUAUAUUGUAACAUCCUGUGGGGUAAUAUUAUUACACAUGUAUACAUAUUGGCCAAGCAUCUUGCAUGUAUCAAGUUUCAUCAUAAAUGUUUCAAAUAGGCUGAAAAAGAGGAUGAAAGGAGAUCGAACCUUGGAAUACAAUAUGUGUGUACAUAUUUGUUGUUGAUUUAAGCCUUGUUAAGAUAUGACAUGGAAAACCGCUGCAUUUUUUCGCUUUCUUUUCUUUUCUUAUGACGUAAGUGUAGUAUGCUUUGCAUUUCUGUAUCUUACAACACAGGGCUCAUCGAACACCUUUGUUAUGUGCAGUUGCCAUUCACUCACACAUUGUUAAAAGAGCUGUGGAUGACCACUUUGUAUCUGCAUGAGCCUUUGUGUGUGGGAAAUAAUGUUUCGGUAAUUACACUUUCAGUUGAGUAUAUGAAGGUUGAAGGGAGUGAUGCUGUAAAUGCAUCUUGGUUUAUACAUUGACCAAAUUAUGAAAAUGAAGAAAAUCAUGAGAAUGCUUUUUAUAUUACAAACACUAUAGAACUCCUUCAGAAUGUUUAUUAAUUUGUUGUUCAUGACGAAGGACGAGAGGAAAAGAUUUAUUUUUGUGUGAAAUUCAGUGGAAGGAGCUAUCUUUUGUUGUGUGCUUCAGCCGUUUACCUGUUACACAUUACCAUGAAGUGACAAUAUUAUUGAUUAAUGUAUUCUGCUUCAUAUUUUGCUUAUUGUAAAAAGAGAAUCCUGAUCCAUGUCGUGAUGAAAAACAGAUGAAAGAAAGUAUUUUAUUACACUGUAUGUGUUUUGUAAAGUGUCUUGAAGUAUGAUGUUACACACAAUUGUGUUUUUCACGUUAACUGUGCAUUUGUAUGUUCAAUUUCGUUGUAUAGUCCAUGUAUGUAUGAAUAUAAUUAGUGCCUGGUGAUAUCAGUAUAAAAGUUUGUAGAUAUAUUUAUGUUUUGUAAUAAUUUUUUGUGAUAUAGAACUUAAUUUUGUUUUUUUACAGUGCCGUAAACGCUUGUAAAAGAAAUGUCUGAUACAUGUGUAAAAUUAUAAAUCCUUAUUAUUUUUGUUUAGGGGAGGGGUAGGGGAUGGUAAUUCUUGUAUUAUAUUCUCAUUAUGUUUGCAAUUAUUCAUAUGUUUAAGUUGAAACCGUGCAGGAUUUUAAGCAUUCCAUGUUUUAUUUGAGUAAAUGUAAAUUAUAUUUCUUGUUGAAUCUCAGACUUUUCAGCGUUUUGUUCAUGUAUACAUACUUUCCUUUCCCCACCUGUUUGUGUGGAACAGUUGAAUCUGUGUCAUACAUAUAUCUUGAGGUUUAGCACAAAGAAAAGAUGUCAAAGUUUCAUACAUAUGGAGGAAAUGAUGUGAUUUAUAAUUUGGUUUGCUAAUCACGUAUACGUACUGUACAUGAAUAUCAAACAUUCUAUUUUGAAGGGGAAUACAAAAAUGACACAUGUUGAUUAUGGUAGAUAAUUUUAUGCAUAUACGGUCACAUAUACCAGUGACUCUGGAGAGACAGACAAAAAAAAUGACAGUAGAAUGAACAUGAAAUUACAUAGCCCCAAUGGCCAAGGUUUUUUGUUGAUUGGUUAGUUUGGAGUCGGCUUUCAGAGUGAAUAGGGAUAUUAAAUAUGACACUAGUUAUCAGUAUUUGUACAUAACACAGAGUUGUAUGCUUGAAUCGUUGAUUUCGAUGCAUAUCUUGUACAUAUUCAUUCGUUUUGUA